AUGAGAACGUUAAAUGCUAGGGCGUCCCCCUCAAGCGACGUAGAUGCGAAGAAUGCUAUACAUGCUAGGGCGUUCUCCACAAGCGACGCUAAAGACAAGAACCAACGUUCGCAUCCAAAAGUCUUUGACAAACUCAGACUCGCAUCGAAGAACCUCGGCACAAUGACGGGACGCAGCACAGAACUAAGCGAAAUUUUAAAAGCAAGACAAAUAAACGCCUGCUGCGUCCAAGAAACAAAAUGGAAAGGGUCAAAAUCCAGGGAUAUCGGAAAUGGCUACCAGCUUGUAUACCAUGGUAUUGAUACCAAAAGAAACGGAGUAGGUAUCGUAUUGGCUGAAAACCUGAAAACGAGAAUAAUCAACGUGGAUAGAAAGAAUGACAGACUCAUUAGCAUAAAACUAGCAAUGGACGGUCAACCGCCUUUAAAUUUAAUCUCUGCGUAUGCACCACAAGCGGGAUGUUCUGAACAAGAAAAGCAAGAUUUUUUGUUGAAGGGCCUAUAA